AUGAAGGUAGUGCACCACACGUGCAAGGAGGUAGUGCACUACACGUGCAUGGAGGUAGUUUCUACACAUGCAUGGAAUAAGUGCACCACACGUGCAUGGAGGAGUGCACUACACGUGCAUGGAGGUAUGUUACUACACGUGCAUGGAGGUAGUGCACCGCAUGUGCAUGGAGGUAGUGCACCACACGUGCAUGGAGGUAGUGCACCACACGUGCAUGGAAGUCGACCACCACACAUGCAUGAAGGUAGUCCACCACGCGAGCAUGAAAGUAGGGCACCACGCCUGCAUGGUGGUAGUGUACCAAGCGUGCAUGGAAGUAGUUCACCACACGUGCAUGGAGGUAAUCAACCACACGUGCAUGAAGGUAGUCCACCACGCGUGCAUGAAAGUAGUCCACCAGACGUGCAUGAAGGUAGUCCACCACACGUGCAUGAAAGGAGUCCACCAGACGUGCAUGAAGGUAGUCCACCACGCGAGCAUGAAAGUAGUCCACCAGACGUGCAUGAAGGUAGUCCACCACGCGAGCAUGAAAGUAGUCCACCAGACGUGCAUGAAGGUAGUCCACCACACAUGCAUGAAAAAAGUCCACCACACAAACAUGGAAGUAAUGCACCACGCCUGCAAGGAGGUAGUGUACCAAGCGUGCAUGGAAGUAGUUCACCACACGUGCAUGGAGGUAGUGCACCACACGUGCAUGGAGGUAGUCAGCCACACGUGCAUGAAGGUAGUUCACCAGGCGAGCAUGAAAGUAGUCCAACACACGUGCAUGGAGGUAGUCCACCACACGGGCAUGCAAGUAGUCUACCACGCGAGCAUGAAAGUAGUCCACCAAACGUGCAUAGAGGUAGUGCACCACGCGAGCAUGAAAAUAGUCAACCGCACGUGCAUGGAGGUAGUCUACCACACGAGCUUGAAAGAAGUCCACCAUACGUGCAUGGAGGUAGUCCAACACGCGAGCAUAAAAGUGAUCAACCACACGUGCAUGAAGGUAGUCCACCACGCGAGCAUGAAAGUAGUCAACCACACGUGCAUGGAGGUAGUCCACCACACGUGCAUGAAUUUAGUCCACCACGCGAGCAUAAAAGUAGUCAACCACACGUGCAUGAAAGUAUUCCACCACUAGUGCAUGGUGGUAGUGCAUCACACGUGCAGCAAGUAGUGCACAACACGUGGAGGUAG